AUGGCAGGCGCGGCCUUGCCAUACAUCGUACAGCGAUAUAUUAUGGCCGGGAAGGCGCAGCGCAGCAUGCGGAAGGAGCAAUACGCGUCCACAGCGAAACCUCAAAAUCCGGAAACAGAUGCUUCAGAGUUUGCCCGUCGACGUCCUCUUCUUCCCCAACUACAACCGCACCCGUACCCACUCCCACAUCACAAACACCAAACAGGCGCACACAACUUGCAUAGCCGCCGGACGAGCAUCACAAGAAGCCCAUCCAGACUGUGCCGCAAGCAGCGGCAGGACUAUCACCGGUACCACCUUGGGGCCAAGAAAAAGAACCAGCGCCGAAGAACCCGAAACCGCAGAACAAGCCAAAAGAGGGCAGAAGAAGCAGACGAUGGCCCCCAAGCCAGGCCGUCUGCGGACAAACAGACGCCCGCUCCAUCUGUAGCAGCGACGCAUGCAGCCCGUUUCCGUAUCACCAGACUCGGACAGUCUCGAAAACGGGCCAACCCCAGGUCCAGUUUAGACGCCCAAGAACGGCCCCCAACAGCCAUUGCAUCGCCGCAACCAUUUUCGUCAAGAGCAGUGCGGCAUACCCAUCCGGCAUUCGGGGCUUGGCAUAUGCGGCCGCAACAAGACAAGCCAGAUUUGGAAGCCACCAAUCAGUCUGAGCCACUGUACAGAAUAUUCGGUGCAACACCAACGGCCAACAGCCACAUCGACAACAACUGUAUUGGCCCGCUUCUAUUCGUGAACCGCUUUGCCUGUUCGUGGACAGAACAUCGUUGCCUUUUGCGUCUCUGCAUCGCUGGUUCUCCUACUUCCACCCCACCGGCAUCGCCUGCGUUUCAUUUCGCCACCAGGCCCCAGAUCCUCGUCUUACCCAGUGCUGCCCGCAACGGCAACAAAGAACGGAAGCCCCAUACAGAUAGGACCUGCCAGUUUCGAACAAGAAUGGCACAUCCUCCAUCCUACGAAGAGGCCGUGACCGGCGGCCAUUGGCUUGACCUUGUUGCGCCGUAUGUCGCUCCCCGAGACUACUCUAGGCUCUGUCAAGUAUCACGCCGCUUCUAUGAUCAGUUUGCUCCUCGAUUGUGGAACGAUCCACUACAAACGGCCAGGCUGCUAGGCCUGCACCCCAACGACGACCUGCAAUGGUUCAUCUUUUUCGCCACACGGCAUGCAAUGACAGUGCGGAAUAGCACCCGCCGUCUUGUCGUGUCACUAGACUUUCGGGACUUUGCUGUUGAUGUGCCGAUGUCCAUUGCCGGCAACAGUGGCCGCAGCUUUUCGGAGACCCUCCGGCUCCUUGGUACAGCGUUCCCGGCUGUGCGUUGUAUCCUGCUCGGUGGCAAUACGGGCUAUGACCCCUCAGAUCUAGGCCAUCUGCUCAAUCCGAAUGAUUAUCCUGAGGAUGGCUCUGUGCCGAUGCCCUUGAUAUUGGACAUUGCCUGUUGCGGCAUGCCUCUGCCAAACACAUUCUUCCACCCGUCUUACUGGAGGCAACUGGUCUACCUGGAUAUGUCCAAUGUACCGGGCUCGCUCAAGGGCAUUAUUAAGACGGGUACCUUCAAUCAGGGUGCCUUGCCGCACCUUCGUAUACUCAAGCUGCGCGGGCGGGUGCUAGAUGACGUGUCGUUGGCCCCGAUUGCCGAGCACGCGACGCAGCGCAUCUGGAGCUUAGACUUGACCAACAACAAGCUCACGGACAGCUCUGUUCAUACUUUCUUCCACCAGUGCUUUGGAACAGACGACCUGACUGCAGAGACGAGUCACUACGAGGUGGAAGGGAAGCUAGCCGUCGUGGGAGAUGUGCCAGGGGAAACAAUCCCAUCAGUAUGGCGAGGAUGGCUCUCUUAUAUCGUUGAAUCAGCUGCCAGUGGGACUUUCUCGCACCCGGACCGGUACCUGGCCGAUGCGCCCAUCUACAAUGCUGACAAUCACGGCCCCCCAAGUAUAGCACGCCUCGCCGGCAAUGAACCACUGAGGAGCGAUCGUGCCAAGGAUGUGAAGCUUGCUCUGGCGGGCGGACCAGGGAAAAUGCCUCUGGACUGGCAUCACGUCCGGGAUAUCGACAUCUGCAAGCUUCCCGCCUCCUUGACGCAUCUUUAUCUGAGCGGAAACCGAGACUUUACCGUAGAAGGCGUCGAGUCAAUCUUUCGCUGCUCUCGAGGCCACAUCCAGCACUUUGACUGCGCAUCGCCUACCAUUCCGACCGGCGGCCUGGUGCCCUUUACACUGACUGGCAUUCUGGGCCGAAGCCACCUCUUCCGCCCUGUGAUGGCUUCCAACUUGCGCAGCUUGCGUAUCCAUCACUCGCUGGUUACGCAAAUCCCGACGCUGAGCGACCCGUCCAGAAGCCCACGGGAGGCUUUGAUGUACGCUGAGACUGUUUUGCGCGAAAGGGCCGAGACCGCGUAUCCACUGAUGAUCGCUGUUCUCGGACCAGAUUGGAAUUCUCGCCUGCAGUCACUCACAUUGGCUGGACUCCCACGGAUCUCCACCGGGCCUCUGAUCGACAAGCUGAUCCGAUUUCUUGUCUCUGCGGCCGAGCAGGAGGCGGCAGUGCGCGCACAGCAGGCGGCCGGUUCGCUGUCGCGCCACGGCCCCGCCGUGCUCAGCGGCCUGAGACACUUGCGGCUUGAAUUUGAGCCUUAUCCACCACAAGACGGAGAUCUCGACGGUGCAUUUGACAGUCUGGACGCCAAAGCGCUGCUCAACGCGAAUAGCAGUGAUGCAUUUAGCUUCUUUCGGGAAACGAGGACCGCUGCGACGACGGCAGCGUGGACAGAGGCAGCGGCAAAGAAGUCCUACCAGCUAAUCAACGUCAGCCUCAGUAAGGACGGCGAGCGGACUGCGGCAGGCGGUGAUGGUGGACGAGGCAUUGGGUACGGAGAUAAGAACAUUGGCGGCACAAACACAAAUGUCCCGAGACACUCCGAUUGUUCUGGCGCUGGCGGGUCAGCUUCCCCGGAUCAUCUGCAUUCCAAAGAAGGAACGGACAAUGUCGCUCAGGCAAGACAGUCGGACCGACUGUUACAUUAUCCUCUGUCUGGCGCACUCGACGCCAGCAGCGAGUAUGUUCGCGAACUGCUCUUUCUGGGAGAUAACAGUCAGACUGCUAUCAACACCACUGCCGACAACAGAACCAAUGCACAACGGACGAUUCAGCUUUCGGUCUGGGUUGGCAGUGGCCAACCGGGAUCCAAUCGAGCCAUCAACAGCUACAUGGCCAACCUCGCGAGACGGUCGCUGCGAGCAAACAUUCGACCAGCCACUCCCGAUCAAGUCGCCGCCGGUGUGCCCGUUGGGGCCUGUGUAUACAAUGCUGCCUGGGAUGCCAUUGCGUGGCUUCCGGCACCGGAUGAAAGCAAACCACAGCUUGCGACGGCUGCAACAAGUGGCGUAGUCAAUGCAGACCGACACCGGCUGGAAUCAGCUGUACGGCCUCGUCGUCAUCCGAAGGAUGGCGUGAUGGUUGAUGUGGUUGAUGCGAUUCGUCAAUUUCGAGCAGAAACGCGGUCUGGCAAACGCAAUCCCGGCGGUUGGGCACUACAAGACCUGCAGCAAGACGGCCGGAAGUACGAGGAGAACCAACAGCCGGUGCCUCGACACUGGGCUGGCAGUCUGGAGAUUCUGCUGGCAUCCUGA